AUGACGCAGUGACCUACUCAACAUCGCGUAUAAUUUUAAACAUAAUUCCCAAAAAGCAACGUUAAAGAAAAUAGUACAAAUCAAUUGAAAGCUUUCGGCUUUGUUAAAUAAUAUCGUUGAGUACACGAAUAGAAAUACACGCACGCGCGGUCGUCUGUCAAAACAAACCAACGCUUUUGCCAUGUAAACAUGAACGAGCUAAAGAUCCUACUUUUUAUACUGUCAGUGAUCAUUUACUGUUUGUACAGUGUUCAUAUGUGGUUCAUGAAAGAUACUAUAGAGGAGAAUAAUACCGAAGUAUCAGAAGCAGCCACAUCAGUUGAUAUUUUAGAAGCCACUCAAGAAAAUAUUUUAAACGACGGAACAGAAAUAAAAAAACAAGCAAAAACUAAAGUUAUUCCUUUAUUUUUGAAAAAUGGCUGCAGUGUGCUUGAAGUAUUUACACAAAAACCAAUAAUAACCGAUUCUAAAAAGGAACCUAAAAUCAUGGAAGGAGAUACGAAUGCAAUAGCAGUAAUAGGAAUUACUGUAUUUCUCGUGAUAUUGGCUUUAAAUGCUUUAUUAGAUGUACUUAAAGUAAGAGAAGAAGAAAAAGCUAGAAGGAAAUUAAAUCCAGAUGGCGAAAGAAGACAAUCAUUAUCAGAGUUUGCAAAUAAAAAAUCGCUUCGACGAGAGUCCAGUAAAUUUGGACUUCAGUUAUUUCAAAUUGCAGAAUCAUUUAUAUCGCCUAAUGAGGAAAAAAAGACCAAUCGUCAAACAAGACCAUAUACUAGAGGAGAAUCUACGACCUCUUACUUUAGUGAAAAAAGGACUCAACAUGAAACUUCCGCUCCAGCAUCAAUUAGCGAAACAUCUUGCGGUGAAUCAAAACUUGUCAAAAGACAAUCAGCGGCUAAGCUGUUUGAUAAUAAACUUCAGUGGCUACCACAGAAACCAGUAUUUAAUUAUCAUCACUGCGAGUUUAGAUUUUGGUGGAACAUCAAUUUAAAAUCCAUUCCAUAUUCAUUAUGGUAUCAUAUGUUUCGAGGACAGCAAACUAGGAGCCUUAAUAUUGGAUGUCUCAAAAUACCGACUUAUCAUAGUACAUCUGAAAAUAACAGAUCCCAAUUAAAAUUCAAUCAAGACUCAAAACAAUGGGAAUUCUACGUCGAUAGACCGCCCCAAUACAAUGUUGUGCUUAGAAACAGUGCCCACAAUCCACCGAGUCUCUUGGAAAUAUGUAAGAGACUAUUAUACGAAAUUAUAAAUGAUACUGCCAAGAAAAAGACAAAAGCACAUCAAGAUAAUAUUGAUAGUCUAUCUGGUAGACUUAAUUAUAAUCGUAAUCUAGGUUACAUAGAAAAUAAUUUGGAAGAAAUCAAUAUAAAUGAAGAAAAUGUAAAUAAUUAUGAUGUAAAUGGUAACAAUGCUUUGUAUUUGCCACAACAGAGACAUGUUUUUGACAGAAGUAAAAUACAUAGGAAAGAUUAUUACGUUGCAAGGGAUAUAGUUGAAAAUUACUUUAGCUGUUUACCCAAAUUCAUGAAAACUGAAUUAAGCAAUGGACCAAUUUCUAAAUGUGAAAAUGUACUCUGUAAGCGGCCGGUGUUUGAUUACGUGUAUUAUGAAUUUUGUUUUGGCAAAAUUAUAUUGAUUGAUAACACAGAAGAUAUAGUUCUGAGUGCAGUUUUUUGUUCUAAGUCCUGUGCAGAUAUGUGGAAAAUAGGAAGAGUGGAUUUAAUACCUUGGUCGAUAUUGACGAACAAACGCUAAAAUCUACGUUUAAUAGUUAUAUUUUGUUUAUAAUGUUAUUUGAAUUAUAUUG